CGAGAGUAGAUGAGUUUGCCCUAGUUCAAUAGCCAUGGGCCUCCGACAGCGGGGGCAGGAAGAGGAGUGGGAUGGCAAUGGUGAGGAGGUGAAGCCCAACCAGGUGGAUGAUGCAGAGUGUAAGGCCAAAGACUGUCACAAACACGAGCAUCAAAAUCUCCGCUGCAGGAGAUUUCUAGCUUCUCCACAGUGGAAAUGCUUCACCCUUGUAGUGGUCGGAUUCACGCCGGUCUUCGGUGUGAUCUUAGCGAUGCCACACCUGCUGGCAGAGCUCCAUGUAGAGCCUCACACGUGGUCCUAUUGGCUGCACUACGGUUUCGGCUCCUGGAUAUCCAUUCAGUUCCUCUACAACUUCCUCGCGACCCAGUGGCGGGAUCCUGGCAACUGCAAGAGUAUCAAGCCGUCACAAGAGGUCACUGGGCAGUUCGAGCUGGGUGGCGGUGACGAUGCGCCCCGGCUUUUGUACGCCCCCAAUUGGUGCACGAAGUGUUCAAACUGGAAGCCUCCACGGUCGCAUCAUUGCAGCUCGUGCAAUCGGUGCAUCCUGCGCAUGGACCACCAUUGCCCUUUCACCGGCAACUGCAUCGGUGCGUUUAACCAUGGGCACUUCGUGCUUUUUUACAUUUUCGCGUUCAUCGGAUUGACCUACUCCUUGGUCUUGUCCCUGAUGGCCGCCUACACCACGGACCAUGCCUCCAGAUGGACCGAGCUGAUCCUUCCCAAGUACAAGGAGCACAAGGACACGGUGGGCAAACACUUCAUGACGGGUUUGACCGGUGUCGCCGUGUCCAUCAUUCUGGAAGUCCUCCGCCGGAAGGGCUGGGAGGUGAUGAUUCAGCUGGCUGCCAGCGUGUUGGCAUUCAUUCCGGUUCUGGGCACCGGGGUUCCGGCCUUCCAGAUGGCCUGGUUCAACACCACCACGAUGGAGAGGCUUUUUCCCAUGAAGGAAUAUGUCCAGCUGAAAGCGCAGGUCUAUUGCCCACUGGGCCCUGGAUUCUACCGGCAGAGCGGCAGGGAGAAUCUGAAGAUGAUCUUGGGCAAAAGGUGGUGGAUCCGGCUGCUUUUCCCCGUUCCUGGACAGCUGGACAUGGACCUCUUCCUGGCGCCGCCUCCCAGCCAAGCAGGCAGCCAGGCUUUGCUCCAGCGCAUUGAACAGGUGAAGGAGAACGGAGUGAAGCAGGAGGUGAAGCAUUGCCAAGACCUGGGCUUUGACCCGGGCCCUAGGCCUGAGCAGUCUGUGUGAGUGCCAAAGCAGCACCGACUCGUCACUCGGGUGGUUCACCGGGUGUGUGGGAUCGACGGAGAGCUGAAAAUGGCACGAAGAGCAAAGCGUUUUCCUUUGGAGGCUUACAGAACUCCACCUUGGAUUCUUUGGUCUCCAUGCCGGGUCCAACAUUUUGGUAGGGUUCUCCAAGCUAGAGGUUCUCAUUUUUUCACGGGGAUUUGACCCCUUGGCUCACACACCCAGUGAUUGAGCCACAUGGAUCUACAUGGAUUGCCAUGGGCAUCUGGUCACGUCACACUGCCAACGCAGCAGCUCCCCCAAAUCGGGGAGCGAUCGAU